CUCGCCAGUCGCACCAACGCCACCAGUCGUGUCGGUACACAGCGUUUGCUUUCGAUUUUGCGCGUUCGCGUUAUCAACUCGCGUGUUUCGCACCCGCUUGCCGGGUAUAAACCCGCUCAACUUUUCGAACUGCUAAAUUUAUCAACAACUCACCAACGGAUUGCCAGUGGUAUUGCAAUUGGAUUGUGUUUGUUUACCUACUUAACAAAGCGAAGAAGUAAAUCUUAAGAUUUGCGGUGGUGUAACGAGCUAAUCGGAUAUCCGGAAAAAUUGCAGCCAUCUCCACCGGCGGUAUUAUGGACACGGCAACAUGCAAAGUGAAUUUCGGCUUUGAUGAACCGUUGACGGCGUGAACGCAAGUCUAGCACCGACCGACCACCCACAAACGCAACAAUCGAUAAACAAUUUCUAAAUUUGAAUGUGAAUUAGUCUCGCAGCGCGCGCGUGUUCGAGGUGUGCGGGGAAGUCGUGUAUUACGCGGGUGUUUCUCCCGGCACCGCUGGGGGAGGUGGCAGGCAUGCCGAGCAUCAAAUCGUAAAAAUUCAAUUUUUGACGCUGUGCCACGUACCAUCAUUACCCACACACACAUAUACGUGUUAAUACAUCAAAGCAAGAAAGUGACUUUAUUAAAAAAUAUAAAAAAAAGUUUAUUAAAUUUGCAACACCCUCCGAGGGGUGUUGAAGACAACUUUGGCGCGUUAAAACUGUGCAUUGAAUUCUAAAGUGAUAACAAAAAAAUAAUCAACAUGGAGACGGAGGAGCUUAUCAAACUCGUCGAUGGAAUUUACAAGAACAUCCUGGAUAAAUUCAAUCCAGGCGCUCGGCAGAUGAUCAACGCCGGAAAAGCCUACUUGAAAGCAUUGCACGGUGCGGCGGCGGCGAGCAGGCUGUACGUGGACGCAAUUAACAAGCUGGCGCGUCAGGCACAGCAGGGCACAUGGGGUGGAUGCUCGGAUGUCGGUACUGCGCUGAUGAAAAUCGUUGAAGUUUAUAAGGAAAUUCAAGAUCAACAAAUGAAUAUUUUAAAAGCUUUCUAUGUGGAUCUUCUCGUCCCCUUGGAAACAAAUCUCGAGAAGGAUACAAAGGUCGUUCAAUCGGAACAGAAACGUUUUCUUCAACAACACAAGCAACGCGCUGAAACCUACAGUAAGGCCGCAGCCAUGAUGAAAAAACAACGCAAAAAGUCGCGUAGCUCAACGAAAACCGGACUGGCUAUGGAUAAAGAACUUAAAAAUAUGCAGGUGCUCGAGGAAGAAAAAACAAAACUGGAUGCAUUUUGCGAACAAAGUUUAAAAAAUGCUAUGACACAAGAAAGACGACGAUACGGAUUUGUCCUGGAACGCCAAUGCUCACUCGCCAAACACUACCUGUCUUAUCACACUCACGGAGUCAGCGCUUAUCAUGAAAAUCUUGAAAAAUGGUCUGAAGUCGCAAAAACCCGCGAAUUUCUUCCGGAAUCCGUUGAGAAUAUUUUCAGCAACCGACUUAGGCAAAUUUCCGUAUGGCAAGACGAAGACCUCUACUCUAACCCACGCAGUCCACAUUUCGACGAGGAUAGAAUCAGCAUCGCGUCGCAGUUGAGGAAAACUAAGAGUAUGGACGCUUCCUGUUUGGAUAUUCGCUCUAUUGGCGAUGUAGGUUCACCGGUUACGACUUUAUCGCGAGCUAAAAGUGAAUACAACUUGAAUUCUUCAACACAUUCCUUGGAACAAGAUGAGACACCAACACGUCGUCCUAAGUCAAUGGCGGUCCCACCGGUCCCGCCACCAACCUGGGAUACUCAAUUAGCUCGCUCGUUGUACGCGUAUCUGUCAAGCGGGGAAAAUCAGUUGAGUUUCUUGGAAGGUGACCUGAUUGCGCUGAUUGGUGAACGGAAUAAAGGAUGGCAGUUUGGGGAAAAUCUCAGGACGCAAGCGAGUGGAUGGUUUCCACUUGCAUAUACUGAGAUUUUAGACGAUAACAAUAUGUCACCAAGUCAUGCAAGCAGCUCAAAUUCAGCAAACCACGCCUCACCAUCAACUGGCGCCGGAAAAGACGCUCCUGGUAACGGUCUAGAUCAACCCACUCGUAUGUUUGGCGACACUCUGCAUCUUCAUAGGUCUUCAGCUAAUGCUAAGCAGAUUCGCCGUGCUAUCGGUUCUAACAACAUCCCCCCGCCGGCCUUGCCCGCUCCCGUUCCCACUCCGUCCCUCCCCUAUCACAAGACAGGGAUGACCACGUCGCAGUCAACUCAAUUCCCGAAAACACCUACCGAAGGCACCUUCCCUGGUUCACAGUAUGCCCAAACUGGCAUCAAGACGUCGGCGAGCAGUUUCAACUUUACAACGCCCGCCUCCGGCGCUUACUCUACCCACCCCCAACCCUCCAGGUCCGACCGUCCCACCGCCGGCGCGCCCCUUCCUCUUCACCUCCAGACUAAGAAGAUCGGCGGGCCUGUGGGUAACGUCUCAUUGCACAGCAGCAAUGAUUCUGGGUUCAGUAAUGAUCCCCCACCACAACCGGAAAUUGAUUAUUCCGAUGAUGAUUCCAUUCCGGGUCAGACUAAAUUACCAGCUCGUAAGCAUAAGCGCGAGGUAAGCAGCGAUGAUAACAACAAUACCCGGAAGUCGCAAAAAAACAUGGCGCCCAUUCGUCAAUCUUCAAGUUCGGGAAACUUGAUCGAAAAGAGGUAUUAUAUCUCUGACGGUGAGGAUGCUUUGCGUUAUAUGACAGCCGAACGUCGUGGAUUAGUAAAAAGGACAAAGUCCUUCUGGCGUUUCGGGAAAAACAACUCUGAUAAUGAAAUUCUCGAAGGCAUGUCACUCUGGAAGCAUAGGGAUCUGGUAGAUGUAGAUGAUGAUCAAAUAGAGCAAGAUCAGAAAUAUUUAGAAAAAGCGGAAAACCGGAAAUCAAAUGUUGAACAAAAUCAAUCCACUAGGAGAUCCCGCAAAGUGAGCAGGGAUGCUUCGAAUGACUCUGAAAGAACCCUGUUGAAUACUAAUGAGGGUCAUGUUCAAGGUCAAAAUCAAAAUCAUGUUCGUAAUCAAGGUUAUGAAACAGAUGAGAAGCGCGCUGGCGAGUUGAGAAAUCGCCCGAGUUUUAGAUCGACGCAAAAUGGUGAUACUGGUGGUCGAAUGUCACUUCCGGUUUCUCCACAGCGUGAAACAAGAGAAUAUAAAGAGGUUAGAGAGGUUAGAGAAGUUCGUGGCGCGAGGGAAUCUCGAGAGAUGGGCGACGAUCAAUUUUAUGACGAUGGCGAUGAUGGUCUACUGUUGCGAACUGUCAACCGGAAGAACAUCCUGCAGCAGUACACGAACGACUCGACUGGACCCGAUUCCGAGAACGAAUCGGAAAUGACCAGCGACGAUCCGUACGACUGCAUCGUUGUGGAUGAUCAAGCACAAAAGGUUAGGAAAGGUGAUUUUCCUAAUGUGGCUGCCCUGGGCCGGAAGUUGGAAAAAUUAUCAAAGAAUACAAAGUAUUCACCCAACAAAGAAAUACCCAAACAGGCUAAUCAAACUAUGGUUAAUGAGAAAAAUAACAAUAAUAUACGACACGAGCGUCAUGAACGCAAACAAGAAGACGCCAUUUUGAAUUACCGCAGUGAAAGAAACGAUAGAAACGAUAGAAACGAUAGAAAUGAUAGAAAUGACAGAGAUCGUUCGACUUUUAAAACUUUCGGACAUGAAACGACGCCGAAACAAGUCAAAAACAACGAAAACGGCGAAAAGGAGUCACAUCACGAUGUGCAACGCGAAUAUGGCGGUCGGAAACGUGCCACCGAUACUCAACCGAAAGACAAACGUCGCUUUUAUGCUGAAAACAGCCGCGAUCAACGCGACGAUCGUAAAACCCGUCAGAGUUACGACAGCAUUGACUCCGAAGUCGACCAUCGCGAAAAUCAACAACUGCAAUCACAACAGCAGCAACAUAACCAACAAAAACGCAAUUCAGUACGACGCACGCAUACCGACGUUGACAAAAAGAAAUAUUAUCGCGAUGCGACUGCAACCACCACAGCAGAUGAAGAUUAUUCCGAUGCUACCAUUGGUCCAGAUCGUCAAUUUUUACCACGUACUAAAUUAAAUAAAACCAACAGCGGUGGAAAUGCUAAAAAUAACAACAAUAGUAAAUAUGGCGCUGGGGAUGUCACUACCGAUGCUGGGAGCUUAACGGAUUAUGGCGAAAGCUUACAAAGACGCAUUAAAAACGAUUAUGGUAAAAUGGACGAAAAGUCCCAACACAAUGGGAAUAUGUAUGGGCCAUGGUAUGAUUUAUGGGGCAUGGAUGCGUCAGUGAGGAAAUAAACAACGUACAAGUCAAACAAUCAAAAAAAAAUUGCUCAAUGGUUGAUUUUUGCUUAACCUUAGUUUUUAACUGUUAAGAUAGGCAACUAAACAUACAUUUGUUAUGCACGUAUGUUUAUUUUUAACUUUUUUAUGUUAUUUUGCUCAAUGUUUAAGUUUUACGAAUGUUUUUAUUGCUAAAAAUGCAUGCAAAGUAAUACUAAUACUUAAAUUUAUAUACAGGAUGACCAAUAAUUUCGCUACGAUCAAACUGCGUAAAGGCAGCAAGUCUACAGAUAGAUCAACGUCACUUAUCGUCGAAUAACAUUUUUAAAACGUGUUUAACCUACGAAAAAAUCAAAAAUUUAGUUUUUAACUUUUACAAUACAAUGUAAACUAAUGUUAAUUAAGUGUUAUGGUUGCUAAUUAACUAACUAACAAAAUAACUAAUGACAUAAUCCCUAAAAUGCUCUAAUCAGUCUAAUCAACUUGAUUAAUUAUAAAUAAUUCUCCAUGUAACACAUCGUAUCGCUAAUGGAUGAAAAUGGAUUAAAUUAUAAAUGAAUAACUAAUCACAGCGAUACUGUAAUACUGGUUGCGUAUGUUGAGAUUUGAGGUUAUGUAAUGACUAACCUAAAUAAUGUAAUUACUCGCUCUUGGUGGUUGGGAUGGUGCAAUACACACUUGUCACACACUUGUCAAACACGCAAACACGCUUUGAUGAUAUUUUAAACAGUUUUAAACAAUUAUUUCAACAAAAAUAUGAAAAAUAAACACACAUGGUAUAUCACAUCACAGCAUAAUAUCUGUAUAUAUUUGUGAGUCUUUUGUUAUCCGGUAGAGGGCGGCGUGUAUCGGAAUGUGGAUUAAUUUGCGUUUAAUUAGCAGUAAUUGGCAUUGCGUUCGCAUUGUGUUUGUAGAAUUAGGCGUCCGGUCGCGAACUUCAGAAGAUACGCGAAUGUGGGCGGCGGAGGCGGAUGUGGAGGCGGCAUUACAACUGCUGGAGGUGGAGAAAGUAACAGGCGUUGUGUUGUAAGUAAAGCGCCAUCGUGUGAGUAUCUCGACUGGCCGCGUGCGACGCGCCAUAUUGGCGCCGGGGGCGGGAUGAGUGCAGGGGGCGGACAGACACAACGCAGGGAGACACAUUACCGCCGACCGAAAGUCGAUCUGAGCGCGUAUCGAUGGACACAUCCGUGAUUUGUGCAAAAAGAAUAAUUUUCCGUUCGUAUUUGUCGCAAAUUUAUUGAAAUUACCGACGCGAUUUGAAAUUAGAUCAGGAGCGCGAAUGCGGAAAGAUGGAAAACUCGAUUAAGUCGCGCGAAGCCAAUUAACUGAUUGGAUUAAUUACGGUACGCGUUAAAAAUAUCGCUGGUAGUCAAUUUUAAUUUAUUCGCUAUGUUGUCAGCGACAAACCGACAAGUUUAUUUCAAUUGCAAAACCAAAAAUGAAAUUUUAAAUUUGUUUUUGAAUUUUUUUGGUUAAAAUAUAAAAUAAUUGGCUUUCAUACCCAAACUAGUCGGAUAUUACAAUAAAAUAAUCAUCCAGUCAAAAUUAAAAUAAAUUAAAUUAAAAAUUUGAAACAAAAUCGGAAUUCGAGACUGUGAUAUACAUUUGAAACUUACACACGAAACUUUUUCACAAACCAUUUAAGUAACCGAAUAAUUUUUACUUCUUUUAUUACUUAAAACUAACAAAAACAUUAAGUACUAAAAAUAACUAAUGUAAAUAAUAUCGUACAUAAAUAACCAUCAAUUUAUUAAUUAACUUAAAAUUAGUUGAAAUAAUAUCAAUACGAAUGUCUAUAAAGUGUAAAUACUAAUAAUAAAAUAUUAGUGUUAUUGAGGCUGUCAGUUAACAGAUGGCGCUAGUAUAAUCACACAAAAAACCUAAAUAAAACUAGGUUAGGCAUAAACGUAAAACGAGCACGUCAAUAUUGUGUAUCUGGUAGUAACCGUCCGCAAAUGACAUCACAGACGUCAUUAUAUUAACCCGAUCAACAAAAGAAAUACAUAGUUAUAAUAUGCAACUCAAUAUACACGUACUUAUAGUAAUAUAUGUAGUAAUGUUUUAGGUUAUAUAUUGAAAGUAACUUAAAUGUUAUUAAUAUCAAUGAGUGAAUGAGGGUAAAGAAUACUGUACAUAAUACAUUAUUUAAAAAGAAGAAGAAUGAAGAGGUUUGUAAACGAAAUUGUCAAAAAAAAAAAUCUGCCAUUGCCAUAGUGAUAUCACUGACAUGAAAGUCACGCAUCACGCAUCUGUCAGUUGUCACUUGUGGAUUAUAUAAGUGUGAAAACUUGUACGAGGUGUUUAGAGUAAAAAGUAUUUGCACGCAUCGCAGUAAAUAAUCGCACGCAAACGUCGAACGUCAUAAAACGUCAGUUUUUGAAGUAUAACUGUCUAAGUAAUUUAGACUGGUUUAUAAAAGGUAGAAAAUAAAAGUUUAGUCGAUUAUAAAAAUCGAAUAAAAACUGUCAAACACUUAUAAAACACCCUGUAGUACUAAUAAAAGUAAUGCCUAAGUAAAAUCAAAACUGACGAUAUACUGUUCAACAAUUUUUAAUAAGCUUAGAAUAAUUUUUACGAAAAAUUGCAUUUUAUUUCGGAAAAUUAAAAGAAAACUGCCAACAUUGGUGUGAAUUGGUAGAAUUUGGUACAAUUUAUUACAAGAUAAUAAAAAUUCGUAAUGAAUUACAAAAGAAAACAAGUAAUGCAAGUUUAAACUAAAAGUACGAAUAGCACUUUAAGAAUAUGAAUUCAGUAACAAUAACAAUACCAAUAAAAUAAAAAUAAUUCACUAAACGAACAUGUAUUAUAUUAUUGCAUGUAGCGUACAAAAUAAUACAUGAAUUUAUUCGAUUGUAAUUGUUGGUUUUUCCAUCGGGAUUUGAAAGAGAGAAGAAAAUUGCAAUUUUUAAGGUUGCGAUUGCGCUGAGAUGAGAUAAUGAAAAGGAAAGUGAAGGAAAAAGUCAUUCGAUACGAGUUUAUUUCAUUUUUAUAUUCUAUAUUCUAUAAAUAAUUAUAUUGGCUAUCGUUUAUUCGCUGAUUGUUGUUUGUAUAAGUUUAUAUAAAUAGUGUAUAUUAUUUUAAUAAUAAAUUUAUAUUGUUAAAUUGGGAUAA